AUGACGGAAAAAGAAAAUUAUGAAUAUAACGUUGUGCCCGAUCGAGAGGUUCUCGAGUCGUGUAUAACACUGAACUCCACAAUGGAUAAGGGGAGCGAAAAAAUUGACAAGACAGUGGCGUCACUGGACGAGGCCAUGUUGUUAUCGGGUUUUGGUAUGUACAACGUCCUACACAUGUUGAUGUCAGGCGUAAUCCUAAUGGGCAUGAUCAUGCAGAGUUUAGCGUUAGGUUACAUCCUGCCGGCUGCGCAAUGUGAUCUAGACCUUACAUUACAACAGAGGGGCUGGCUCUCUGCUAUACCGUUCUUAGCUAUUAUUCUGACCUCCUACAUUUGGGGUUGGCUAGCGGACACUCAAGGCAGAAGACCAGUAAUGUUGUUUACCAUGCUCAUCUCUGCUGUGUUUUCGGCGUUCGCGAGUUUCGCGCCCGAAGUUAUCUCUUUUGGAGUCUUGAUAUUUCUUUCGGCUGUGUUUAUGUCGGGUUCAUCAGCCGUAGUAUACACGUACUUGGGUGAAUUCAAUAAUCUCCGACACAGAGAUAAAAUGGUGGCUUUUGGUUCUUCCUUCGUCGGAAUAGGAACCGUAGUUUUGCCCUGUAUAUCUUGGCUAAUACUCCCCUUGGAAUUCGCCUACCCCAUUCCAUUCUUGGGCAUCGAAUACCGACCAUGGCGGUUGCUGGUGGUAGCCUGUGCAAUACCGUUUGCUCUUGGAACUGUUCUUUUAAUGUUCGCCCCGGAAAGUCCCAAGUUUCUGUUUGCCACUGGUCAUCACAAUGAGGCCCUUGAUAUAGUUAAAAAAAUAUAUGCUAGAAAUUCAAGGCAACCAGUGGACAAUUUUGAGAUCAAGUCCCUAUUAGUUGAGAGCCAAACUACGAAGGUUACAACUAGCAGUGGAGUUGCUGCCGUGUGGGAAUCUAUGAAAGAACAAACUAUCCCACUUUUCAAGUCUCCUCUACUACCUUGGACAGCUUUGACAUGUUUCGUGCAGUUCGGUAUUUUUGCCACGACUAACGGCUUUUACGUGUGGUUCCCAUCAAUCCUAAACUCACUGGCACAGAGCGAUGGCGAUGCAACCAGGAUCUGUGAUGUACUCGAUGCGAAUAGGGGCCUUACGAACAACGGCACAGUGAUCUGCGAUGAUACAAUUCAUACGUCAACAUUCGAGCGGUCUAUAUACAUCGGCCUCGUGUUCUCCUCUAUGUACAUUAUUGUAGGCUUCAUCGUGGAUUACAUUGGCAAAAAGAUAAUAGUUUUGGUUAUACUCUCCGUAACUGGUUGUUGCGGAAUCGGUGCUCAUCUGGCGUACAACCAGCAGUUGGCAGUUGUUUUCUUCGCGAUUUUUCAAAUGUGUGGAGCUUGUAUUGGUUUAAUGAACGCAGUGGCUGUGGAAUUAUUUCCUACUAAGUACAGAGCCAUGGCGAUCUGUCUGUCCAUGAUGAUGGGACGUGUAGGCUCCAUGGUGGGAUCUAAUCUAAUUGGUCUAUUCCUAGAUAUUAACUGUGGUGCUGGUUUCUACAUGUUUGGAUCUAUCCUUAUAAUUAAUGCAUUGUUCUGCAUAACACUGCCAAACAAGAAGCAAAGGUCUCCAGAAAAGAAAGUGAUCAUAGAAUCAACGCAAAAUGAAACCCAUGAACCUGUAUGA